AUGGUACAAUUAACAAUUAGAUCAACUGUUACAUUAAACAAUGGUGUAAAUAUGCCACUAUUUGGUUUGGGAACCUAUCAAACAUUGGUUGGUGACAUUAAGAACUCGCUUAUCACUGCUCUGAAUGGCGGUUACAUUUCGAUUGACACUGCCUCAGUCUAUAGAAAUGAAGAGGCAAUCGGUGAUUGCUUGAAAGAACUGUUUGAGAGCGGUAAAUUUAAGCGAGAGGAUCUCUUUAUCACUACAAAGGCUGGACCUGCCGAGCAUGGUUAUGACAAUGCUCUUGCCGCUUGCGAGAACUCACUGAAGCGAUUGAAACUAGACUAUCUCGAUCUCUACUUGAUUCACUGGCCCGGUACUUCCGGAAGACAGCCAACCGAUCCAUUGAAUCGCGAGACACGUCUAGAGACCUGGCGUGCCUUUGAGAAACUCUAUGCCGAUAAGAAAUGUAGAUCGAUUGGCGUCAGUAACUACACCGUCGAACAUCUCGAAGAUCUCCUUAAAAAUUCAUCGGUUGUUCCAGCGGUGAACCAAGUCGAAUUCCAUCCAUUCCUCUACCAAAAGGAACUACAUGAUUAUUGUACCAAAAACAAUAUUGUAUUGGAGGCAUAUUCAUCAUUGGUUAGAGCUGAUAAAGAUUCUUUUGAAGAUAAUGUAAUUGUUGAGAUUGCAACUAAAUACAAAAAGACACCGGCACAAGUAUUAUUGAGAUGGGCAAUUCAAAAGAGUAUUGUCGUCAUUCCAAAAUCAACGAAAUCAGAGAGAAUCAUUGAGAAUGCCAAUAUCUUUGAUUUCGAUAUCAACGAUGCCGAUAUGCUCAAACUUGAUAGUCUACAUAAAGAUAAGAGAAUCUGUUGGAAUCCACAUACCAUUGCAUAG